UAUACAGCAAAUCUCGAUACGGAAAAUUCAGAUGCUUUGAUGGAGAGAUUAUCCUCUAUACAGUUAGCAAACACGACCUUAAUCUCUCUAUACACUUGAAAGUUUUCUUCCUACAUUUUACCGUCUCUGGAGUGGAUUAUCCUCACCCUUUCAUUCUUGCUCUCUUUGUGAAGUCCGAACAAUGGCUCACCUCUUCAGAGAGCUGUCUCUGGGACACUCCAAGAAGGAGACAACAGCCUCACCACCUCCAGCGCCUACAUUUCCCAUCGGAGCUACUACCACCGAUCUCCCUUCCCCACUCGGUCUACUCGCUUCCCAACUCACCGAUUCCGACCUCCGUCUCACCGCCUACGAGAUCUUCGUUGCUGCCUGCCGCACCUCCUCCGGGAAACCCUCACCUACAUCCAAUUCGGACUCUCCCACUCACCCCUCCCCCAGCUCCCCUGGGUUACAACGAUCCAUCACCUCCACUGCUGCCAGCAAGGUAAAGAAGGCUUUUGGCCUCAAAUCCCCCAAGAAGAGUCCCGGUUCCGGUCAGGGAAAGCCCAGGAGAUCUUUGACGGUUGGGGAGCUCGUGAUGACUCAAAUGGGUGUCUCGGAGGCCAUGGAUUCCAGAGUCAGGCGAGCUCUUCUGAGGAUCGCUGCUGGACAGGUUGGAAGGCGAAUUGAGUCGGUGGUAGUCCCACUAGAGCUAUUACAGCAGCUCAAGCUUUCGGACUUUCCUGAUCAACAAGAAUAUGAUGCAUGGCAGAAGAGAACCCUGAAAGUUCUUGAGGCUGGUCUCCUGUUGCAUCCUCACACACCACUAGAUAAGUCAGUUUCUACUGCACACCGACUGCAGCAAAUUAUUCGAGGGGCUUUGGAUAGACCCAUUGAAACUGGGAAGAAUAAUGAAUCUAUGCAAGUUCUCCGUAGUGCUGUUAUGGCUCUUGCUAGCAGAUCAUCUGAUGGGUCUCUCUAUGAUUCAUGCCACUGGGCAGAUGGUUUUCCACUGAAUCUCCGGCUCUAUGAAAUGCUUCUAGAAGCCUGCUUUGAUGCUAGUGACGAAUCAUCCAUAAUUGAUGAGGUUGAUGAACUAAUGGAACACAUUAAGAAGACGUGGGGAAUUCUUGGAAUGAACCAGAUGUUCCAUAACAUUUGCUUCACAUGGGUUUUAUUUCACCGCUUCGUUGCAACUGGCCAAGUUGAGAUGGAUCUUCUGUACGCAGCUGAUAGUCAGCUUGCAGAAGUUGCAAAAGAUGCAAAAACAACAAAGGAUCCAGAGUACUCCAAGGCCUUGAGUUCUACAUUGAGUUCGAUUUUGGGUUGGGCAGAGAAAAGGCUCCUUGCAUAUCACGACACUUUUGAUAGUGGAAAUAUUGAUACCAUGCAGGGAAUUGUUUCUGGGGUAUCAGCUGCCAAGAUUUUGGUUGAAGAUAUAUCUAACGAGUAUCGCAGGAGGAGAAAAGGUGAAGUUGAUGUUGCUCGGAACAGGAUCGAUACUUACAUCAGGUCAUCAUUGCGCACAGCUUUUGCUCAGCGGAUGGAAAAGGCAGACUCAAGCAGAAGAGCAUCCAAAAACCAGCCAAAUCCUCUUCCUGUCCUUGCUAUCCUUGCUAAGGAUGUUGGGGAUCUAGCAGUUAAUGAGAAGCAGGUGUUCAGUCCAAUACUGAAAAGAUGGCAUCCUUUUGCGGCUGGUGUGGCUGUGGCCACCCUUCAUGCUUGCUAUGGGAAUGAGAUCAAACAAUUCGUAUCGGGUAUAAUGGAGUUGACCCCAGAUGCAGUGCAAGUGUUGAGAGCUGCAGAUAAGCUAGAGAAAGAUCUAGUGCAGAUAGCAGUGGAAGAUUCUGUGGACAGUGAUGAUGGAGGGAAGGCAAUAAUCCGUGAGAUGCCUCCCUAUGAAGCUGAAUCUGCAAUUGCCAAUCUGGUGAAAGGGUGGAUCAAAACAAGAUUAGACGGACUGAAGGAAUGGAUUGAUAGGAAUCUGCAACAAGAGGUAUGGAAUCCACGGGCAAAUCAAGAGGGAUAUGCUCCAUCUGCUAUCGAAGUUUUGCGUAUUCUAGAUGAAAAUUUGGAUGCAUUUUUUCAGUUGCCAAUACCAAUGCACCCUGCAUUGCUUCCUGACUUGAUGGCCGGUCUCGACAGAUGCCUAAAAUAUUACAUAACCAAGGCAAAAUCGGGCUGUGGAUCACGGAAUACAUUUAUUCCCACCAUGCCAGCUUUGACCAGAUGUACCGCAGAUUCGAAGUUCCAACACUUUGGGAAGAAGAAAGAAAAACCUCCAAAUUCUCAGAAGAGGAAUCCUCAGGUUGCAACAAUGAAUGGGGAUAAUUCCUUUGGGACAUUGCAGCUGUGUGUUCGUAUAAACACCUUGCAAAGAAUCUGGAGUGAGUUGGAUGUAAUGGAGAAGAGGAUAAUCACCCGUCUCAAAAACUCGGAGUCUGCUCAUGCAGAGGACUUUUCAAACAGUUCAGGGAAGAAAUUUGAGCUCUCUCCAGCUGCUUGCGUGGAAGGAACUCAGCAACUCUGCGAGGCAGUGGCUUACAGAAUCGUCUUCCGUGAUCUAAGUCAUGUUUUAUGGGAUGGUUUAUAUGUUAGAGAUCCAUCUUCUUCUAGAAUUGAUUCUUUCCUUCAGGAGCUUGAGAAAAACUUGAUGAUCAUUUCAGACACCGUGCAUGAAAGAGUUCGGACACAGAUUAUAACCAACAUAAUGACAGCUUCCUUUGAUGGGUUCUUGCUGGUAUUGCUUGCUGGAGGCCCCUCCCGUGCUUUCUCCCAGCAAGACUCUCAGAUAAUUGAAGAUGAUUUCAAAUCUCUCAAAGAUAUAUUCUGGGCGAAUGGGGAUGGCUUACCUUCUGAGUUGAUAGACAAGUUUUCUACUGCAGUGAGAGGUGUACUUCCACUCUUACGAACUGAUACUGAGAGCCUCAUUCAACGGUUCAGACGUGUAACCCUGGAGACAUAUGGCUCUUCUGCCAGGUACAGACUUCCAUUACCUCCAACUUCUGGGCAAUGGAACCCAACCGAACCAAACACACUUCUACGCAUUUUAUGCUACCGGAAUGAUGAAACAGCCUCAAAUUUUCUAAAGAAGACGUAUAAUUUGCCGAAAAAACUGUAAGAAACGCGAGGUGUGGUGUCUGGGCAGGGCAAGCUGUUCUUGCAUUCAUUCUGAAUUUGCAGAACAUCCCAUAGUUCUGUAUGUAUUUAGUAAAAGAUAGCCUAAGCAACAGGCUUUUUAUUUCAAGCUUCGGUGAGCAUCAGAUGCCUUGAGAAGUUGCAGUAAUCUUUGUAUAUUAAUAUCGCAAGAGUGCUCAUUAGGUCAAUCUAAAGUCCGAGUAGAGACAAAGGGUGUAGGCCUCCUGAGGCAUGUCUGUGCAGGGAAGGUGGAUCGUAUUCUUUGUUAUUCAUUUUCAUCAUAUAAAGUCGUGAGAUUCGCAUACUAA